AUGGACCGGAAACUAACUGCCAUUGAUAUUUGCUGUAAAUUUGUCGGACUUGUCAAUUGUGAGCUCAAACACACCGUUUACAAGCUGGAUACUCCCCUUUCCCUCACCUUAUCGGAGGAUGGGAGGAGUGGGAGUAAGGGUGGUGAAAAACUGACUUAUGGCUUCCCCAGAUGGAUUUUGAAAACUUCACCUGCGAAAAAACAUUUGGAUGUGAAUUGCUCAGAUGAAUGCUUUGCCAAUAUUUUGGACUAUAUCAUGUUUUUUGAUCUAUGCAUUCGUGAUGAUUGCAGAGCUUGUGCCAGUGGAGUUGGAGCCAUCAUCCUUCUAAGUCGUAAAGAGAAGUUUUUUGAUUCUUCAGUGUUGAUGGAGUCUGACUGUGAAGAUGAAUUCUUCAGUGUUAAAGGCGAUUUUACGCCAUCUUGUGGCAAUACUCCAGGCCAUGAGAGCUUCUCCAUGGAAACUCCAGAACGAGUCAAUGGAGCCCUUCUUGACGAAAAUGUCAAUGGUUCCAAACCUGAACCAUUUCCAACAGAAAAGAUAAAGAACCUAGCUGAACUCUUUGAUGAUAUCCUACGAGGUGAUCGUGUUGUUUACGGGCAAAAUAUUCCUGAAACUGAAAAUGAUGCAAACGGAGAAAUGGAAGGUAAGGCAACAACUACAAUUGACCAGCUGCCUCCCAAAUUCGCCAGUGGAUCACCUUUUGUCUCUGGAGCUUACUCUGUUUGUCUUAGUGAAAGAACUACUAAUGGGUAUUUCAAACAAAAGAAGAAACCAGUGAAGUUCAUGCAGUCUUGCCUCCCAAGGUUGCGUCCGAUCAGCGGCUUUUAG